UGCGACCCUUUGGUACCGAUGAGAGCCACUUCUUCCCUCUCUCUCCCCCAACAAAAAUGGCGAAACCAAAACUAUCUCUCCCCUCCUUCUUCUUCCUCCUCUUCCUCCUGCUCACCCUCGUCACCACCCCAUCGCAAUCCUUCGUCCCCAACCACCCCAAACCAGCCCCCACCAGCUUCAUCGUCUCCUCCUGCCGCGCCACCCGCUAUCCGGCCCUCUGCGUCCACUGCCUCGCCGCCUAUGGCCGUGCCAUCCAACGGAGCGACCAUCACCUCGCCCAGGCCGCCCUCAUCGUCAGCCUCGCCCGGGCCCGCUCCGCCGCCUCCUUCAUGUCCAAGCUGUCCCGAGCUCGCCGCAUCAAGCUCCGCGAGCUCCGGGCCAUGAGGGACUGUGUCGAGAACAUGGGCGACACCGUGGACCGUCUCGCCGAUUCGGUGAGGGAGCUUGGGCGCUCGCGGUACGUGGGCCGGGACUUUGCGUGGCACAUGAGCAACGUGGAGACGUGGGUGAGCGCCGCGCUGACGGACGAGAACACCUGCACGGACGGAUUCGGGGGUCGGGUCAUGGAUGGGGGCGUCAAGGUGGCGGUGAGGGGGAGGGUGGUGGAUGUUGCUCGGGUGACGAGCAAUGCCCUCGCUCUCGUGAAUCGGUAUGCUUCCAGGCAUAGUCCGGCCACGGUGGCUGAACAGCCUUGAGUGAAGCAGAAGAUAAUAGCUUUUACCUUCUACUUUGCCUUGUUUUUUUUUUUUUAACCCCGUUUUAUGGGAGGUGAGCAGCACUAGUAUGGUGAGUAUUGUUCCUGGCUUAUUAGACUUAGUCGAUGGAACUUAUCUUGCGUUGCCAGUUGUAUAUUCACAGUUUACUGUCCCCAGUUCUAUUGCAAGCGCGACAAACCUCUAAAUGA